AUGUGGAAGUUGAAGACUUUUUUUUAUCAUGUUACUAAUGUGUUGAAUGUUGUUGGAGGGUCUUUUAAACUUCGAGAUUUACUUCAUCAUCACCAAGCCAAAAAUUUGAAGCAAUUACUUGAGUCCGAUGAAGCUCAUACCGGACAAGGAUUAAAUCAAGAGUGUAGGAUUCAAAGACCGGGUGAUUCUCGUUGGGGAUCAUAUUUCAAAACAUUGGAUAACUUUCUUGUUAUUUUUUCAUCCAUUGUUCAUGUGCUUGUAGUGAUUGAAAUUAAAGGUUCUACUUCAAGUGAUAGAAAUCAAGCGGAAUAUCUUUUGACAAAGGUUAGAACAUUCAAAUUUGUUUUUAUGCUUCACUUGAUGUUGAAAGUGUUGGCCAUGUCAAAUGAGUUGAGCAAGAUUUUACAAAAAAAAGAUCAAGAUAUUGCUAAUGCCGUGGAGUUUCUUAACAUCUCAAAGAAAAGAUUGCAAGAUAUGAGAGAAAAUGGGUGGGAAUCUUUGUUGAAUGAUUUGCGUGUUGAAAUCUUUUGUGCGAUCAUUGAUGUGCAACUUCAAGAGCUUAAUGAGAGUUUUAAUGUAGUGAGUAGUGAUUUGCUUCUUGGAAUGGGUAGCUUGAAUCCUGUCAAUUCUCUUUCUAACUUUGACAAAGGUAGAAUAAUGACUUUAGCAAAGUGUUAUCCAAAUGAGUUUGAUGAUGGAAAGCUUCGAGAUUUGAGUUACCAACUUGAUACCUUCAUAAUUCAUAUGUGA